AUGGCUAUAAAUGAUGAAACUUCACCUGCAACUUCAUAUUUGGUUGUAAUUGGAAUAUUUCCAUCAUUUCCAAUUGGUUACUUUUUAAAUAGAUUUUAUUAUAGAUGGCUAUGUAAAAAAGUUGAUAUUAGAGUUCCAACUUCUGGAUCUUGUGAAUUUAAUUCCGAAGAAAAGAGUAAAUCAGUUUCUUCAUUUCAACAAUCUACAACAACAAACAAUUCUUCUAUUAGUAAUACGACAAAGGUAACAUGGGGUAAACAACCAAUUUCAGUUGGUAGUAAACGUCAGAUAGUUUUCCCAUUUUUUGAAAAGAAAUAUGUAUUUUUAUUCUUUGUAGAAAUUAUGGCAAGAAGAUUAUUAAUAGAAUGUAAUAGUGGUGAUAGUAUUUCAAAUUGUUGUUCAAUGGAAUCAAUUGAACGUGCAAAUAAUUUAUAUCAAUGUGGUCUUCAAUACUUUCCAAAUUCAGAUUUAUUAUGGAUGGCCUAUUGUAACUUUUUAUUCACUGUUAGAAAAGAUAGACAUAUUGGAUAUGCAUCAUUUGAGAAAUUAAGAAGAAUGAAUCCAUCAUUUGAUGUUCGUUUCUAUAUUUAUCAACGUGAUAAAGAAAGAGAGCAAAUAAUGGAUUCAGAUUUACAUGAUCCAGAACAUACUGGUAAAAUUCAAGAUUUCGUUAGCUAUAUGGAAUUUAAAAAACUUUAUUAUGGUGCAAAGAGAUAUCAUAUUAAAUGUUUAACUUAUAUUAAAAGAUUUUGGGGUCAUUUAUUACAUGAAACUGUUGAUCUUCAUCGUUUAUCAGAGUUAUCAGGUCGUAUUGCAACCACAGAAAAUAAAGCAAAUGAGAGUUAUGAACGUUUAUUAGCAUUAAACCCAAAUUCAGUUAGAGUAUUGCGUGAUUAUUCACAAUUCCUUGAAGAAGUUGUUAAAGAUAAAGAAUCUGCCUAUAGGUUACAAAAGAAAGCUGAAACAAUUGAAGAAAUAAUGAGUAGAAUUCAAACAACAGAUUUUAAAAUUAAUGAUAUUAAAAAUUUAGAUGAUUCAGAAACCGAAGUUGAUAAAGCAUUAAAAAAUGAUCAAAUUUCAUCAAAUAAACUUGUUAGUGGUGGUGGUGGUGGUGGUAUUAUAGAUAAAGCAAAAUCAGAAUCAUCAAAAUCAAAAGAUGAUGAAUCAGAAUCAAGUUCAUCUCAAAAAGUAGAAAAAAUAAAUAAGAGAAUAUCAACAAACAUUAAAACUAUAAAUGAAACCAUUUCAAAACUUCAAGAUUCAAAUCAACAAUUGGAUUCCCAAUCAUUACGUGAUAAAGAAUCCUAUAAUCAAAUGAAAAAACAAUUUGAAUCUCAAAUUAAAUCCAUAAAAUCAGAUUUUGAACUAGAAAUGAAACAAGCAAAAGAUCAAAAUCAAGCACUCUUAAAACAUCAAAAAGGUUUAUUAAAUUCAAAAAUUAAUGAAAAAGAUUUAAUCAUUUCAAAUUUAGAGAAGAAAUUAUCUUUAAUUCAAAAAUCUUCAUCAAAUAAUUCCUCACCACAAAUAUCAAUACAACAACAACAACAACAACAAAAACAAUCACCAAUACUUUUAGAUUUAAAUAAUAAUUAUAAUUAUGAUGAUAACAAUACAAAUACAAACACAAAUACAAAUUCAAUUAGUAACGAUUUAAUAGAUUUAUCAUUCCUUGAAAGUGGUGGUAGUCAAAGUGAAUUAGAUUCUACCAUUUUGGAAUUAAAGAAUUGUAAAGCUGAAUUAAAGAAUACCAAAGAUGAAUUAGUGAUUACUCGUGUAAACUACGAUCAACAAAUGAGAUAUCUCACUGAACAAUUCAUUUCUUUGAAUGAGAAUGUAAGCUCACUCGAUAGUCAACUCAUUAAAAUUAAACAAUAUAAAGUUUCUUGUGGUAAAUGUAAACAUUGGAAUCAAUUGGAAUUCAUUUUCUCUCCAAAUAAUCAAGGUUUAUAUUGUUCAAAAGGUCAUCCAAUUUUAACAAUUCAACCUUAG